AUGGCAUUCAAAUUUGUUGUCCUUCUUGCUUGCGUUAUGGCUGCCAAUGCCGGUUUGUUGGCUGGUGGCAUUUUGCAACCAACCGUCUUGACCAAGAGAAUCGAAGUUGAAGCUCCACCAAAGUACACAUUCAGCUAUAGUGUAAACGAUCCCACCACUGGCGACAGCAAGAGCCAAGAGGAAACCCGCGAUGGUGAUAUAGUUAAAGGUGCUUACUCAUUGAUCGAUGCUGAUGGCUUACAACGAAUUGUCCAAUACACUUCGGAUGGUAUUAAUGGAUUCAAUGCUGUUGUUUCACGAACACCAAUUGGCAAGCAAAUUGUUGCUGCUCAGCCAGUUAUUAAGACCCUUCAACCAACUUUGAUUAAGAGUAUUCCUUCAAUUCUUUCAUCUCCUUUGGCUGGAAUCCCACAAUUGCAACCAUUGUCUCCACUUAUUAGACCAGCAAUUGCUUCGCCUUUGGGACUUGGAAUUGGACAACCAAUUGGAUCGCCAUUGGGACUUGGACUUGGAGGACACUUGAUAGGUUAA